UUCUCUUAAUUGUUUACAACUUGUGCCUCUGAUUGUCUUGAAUUUUGUGAUAACAAUUAACUGUUUCAUUCCCUUGCUUGAUUUAAUUCUGAUCAUCAUCUUAACUUGUAAUUAUCAUAUCAUAUCAGUUCCUUCAUUUUCAUUAAUAGUUGAAUGAAACUCCAACUGUUGAUAAGCUUAAUUUUUGAUUCUUAAUAAAAUUGUGAUUAAUUAAAUUUAUAAUACAUCAACUAAUUUGGUUUUAGUAUUUUUCUAAAAUAUUUCCAUAGAAAUUUUUAUUAUUCAAGUUUAAUUCUAUUCUCUUUUUGGAUAUUUCAUCAAUCAUUGGAAAAUCGUUACCAUGUUAUUAGCCGCAUUAGUACCCAAGUUAAUUGGAUUUCGAGCUUGUAUUCCUCGUUCAUUGUCAGCUACAAUAUCAUCAUCAUCUUCAUCUUCAUCUGGCUCAAGUACAUCAGUUAAUGAUAACAAGCGGCAACUUCGACCAUUAACCUUGGAUGAAUCAUUACAAUUAAAGGACAAAUCAUCUUACCUACAUGCAGCUCAUUGUUUACUUUACUGUAAAAUAACUGACAACGAUGCUGAAUGUAUUUUCGGCUUGUGUCAGGUACGAUUUGAUGGAAAAUUAGGCUUUCCUGGAGGUGCUGUUGGCAAUAAAUACGAAGAGAUUCAUGAAACUGGUGAUAUAAUAAAGGGAUUGGAAAGGGAGCUGGAAGAGGAGAUAAAUUAUACUUCUAUGCCAAGUGAAUCUCUUACCCAUGAAAACAAUGGUUAUAUUCAUAACCAGUAG